CGCAGUAGUGCGACGGCAGGUGGCGCGGGUCCCGCGGCCCACACGGCCCCUCGAGCGUACCGCUUGGACGCACCCAGCGGCGAAGGCGCCUCCUGCCGCGCGCCCCGACGGCGCCCGUCCGCCUGUAGAUGCUGAGGUGAGCGGGGCAGCGGAAAGAUGCUGGCGCUUCUGGCUGCCGUUGUGGCGCUCGCUUUGACCGCCGCCGGGGCCCAGGACAGCCCGGUGCCCGGCAGCCGCUUCGUGUGCACCGCGCUGCCACCGGAGGCGGCGCGCUCCGGCUGCCCACUGCCCGCGAUGCCCAUGCAGGGCGGCGCGCUGAGCCCCGAAGAGGAGCUGCGGGCCGCUGUGCUGCAACUGCGUGAGACCGUCGUGCAGCAGAAGGAGACCUUGGGUGCGCAGCGCGAGGCCAUCCGUGAGCUCACGGGCAAGCUGGCACGCUGCGAGGGACUGGCGGGCGGCAAGGCACGGGGCACGGCGGCCACCGGCAAGGACACCAUGGGCGACCUGCCGAGGGACCCUGGCCACGUCGUGGAGCAGCUCAGCCGCUCGCUGCAGACCCUCAAGGACCGCCUGGAGAGUCUUGAGCUCCAGCUCCGCAUGAACGGGUCAAAUGCUGGGCUGCCCAACGACUUUCGAGAGGUGCUACAGCUACGGCUCGGAGAGCUGGAGAGGCAGCUGCUGCGCAAGGUGGCAGAGCUGGAGGACGAGAAAUCCCUGCUCCACAAUGAGACCUCCGCGCACCGGCAGAAGACAGAGAGCACCCUGAACGCACUGCUGCAGAGAGUGGCGGAGCUGGAGCGAGGCAACAGUGCAUUUAAGUCACCAGAUGCGUUCAAAGUGUCCCUUCCUCUCCGCACAAACUACCUGUAUGGCAAGAUCAAGAAGACGCUGCCCGAGCUGUAUGCCUUCACCAUCUGCCUGUGGCUGCGGUCCAGCGCCUCGCCGGGCAUCGGCACCCCGUUCUCCUACGCUGUGCCUGGGCAGGCCAAUGAGAUCGUGCUGAUAGAGUGGGGUAACAACCCCAUCGAGCUGCUCAUCAACGACAAGGUUGCACAGCUGCCCUUAUUUGUCAGCGAUGGCAAGUGGCACCACAUCUGCAUCACCUGGACCACGCGGGACGGCAUGUGGGAGGCUUUCCAGGAUGGAGAGAAGCUUGGCACUGGGGAGAACCUGGCCCCCUGGCACCCCAUCAAGCCAGGGGGUGUGCUGAUCCUUGGGCAGGAGCAGGACACCGUGGGGGGCAGGUUCGAUGCCACGCAGGCGUUCGUGGGGGAGCUGAGCCAGUUCAACAUCUGGGACCGCGUCCUCCGCCCUCAAGAGAUCGUCAACAUCGCCAACUGCUCCACCAACAUGCCCGGCAACAUCGUCCCCUGGGUGGACAACAACGUGGACGUAUUUGGAGGGGCUUCCAAGUGGCCUGUGGAGACCUGCGAGGAACGUCUCCUGGACUUGUAGCCACCUUCUCCUGUCCAGGAGGGGACCAGGCUGGCCCUGGGGGGUUCAGGGCCGGUUACUCCCCAGCCUAACUGUAAACCCCCGCCCUGGUGGGCAGGACCCAAAACCCACUCCUGGGGAUUUCUAAGACUGAGACUGAGUGGCAGCAUUUGUCACUAGCUUGUUUGUUCCUUCCCAAGACCUGGUUUUCUGGGGUAGUGCCCGAAUCCCCUGGAAGCAGCCCUGAGCGACACCUGGGCAGAGAGCUGAUUCCUGCCAGGGUGAAGUCCGCAAGCCCCUGUCCAGAACCCCAAUAAGUGCUGGCACAGCCCAGCCCUGCCCACCCCUGGGAUCCCCGGUGUCCCUGUUGUCUGUUCCCUUUACUAGCUGUGCAGCCACCCCCCACCCCAACGGUGUGUCCCUUGUGUGGCGUGCACCCUGCCGACAGCGACCCCUGUGCAGAGGGGCUCUCCCUGCGGCCUGUGCACUGAGUCUCUGAGGAAGCCUCAGGCCCGAGGCGAAGCCUGCCUUCCCCAGGCAGAGGGGGCGUCCCUGGCUCCAGAAGGGAGAAGGGUGGUGACAGCUGACCCUCCCCCUCUGCCUCCUCUUCCUCAAACCCCCGCUUUGACUGAAUCAUCUCUGACUGAAUCAUCGCUAGGUGGCUUGGAAAGGCCUCUCUUCUCAUCUGGUGCCAAAGUUCAUUUGCAGCUUUUACAACCAUCCCGAGUGGUUUGGGGGACUUAUUUUUUCCCAGCAGCAGAGAACAGCCAUGAGGAGGCCCCCACUCCUGGUGUUCCGCCCCCGUGAGGCGCGUGCUUGUUCUAAUCCGCGUUGUUCCCUGUCCCGACUGUUGCCCCUGAAUUUUUAGGAAAAUGGAUGUCAUUUGAUAUUUGCUUAGUGACUCCAGGCUGCUUAACACAUUGUAACUUAUUUUAAAGAGAAAGUGAUUAAGUGGGGAAAUUUACAAAGCUAAAUAUUAUAUAUUUUAUUUUUCAUACCUGUUUGAAGUGUGGAUCUGUGGAAAUUCCAUUCGUAGGACCAAGUGGACAUGCCCAUCCUGACAUUGUACGCCACGAGAACUCUUAGUGGUGGAAUCUUG